ACAAAGGAUGCCUUUCUGGGUCAAUCCGCGAUGGCUGCUCUUGGAGCAACUAGGUGCUUAAAGGGCGGGCGGCCUCUCCUAGGUUCUCUCUUUCUGAGAUGGUCGCGCCGGAGCCCAGCUGCAUGGGGAUGGCGGGAACUCUGCCAGGGCUCGGAUGGGGAUGAAAACAGAUCUAAUAUUACAAAGCCCAGCUUUACGGAUGAAAGUGUUCAAAUCCUGCUGUACAAGAUGACAGGACUGGAUCUGCAGAAGGUGUUUAAGCCCAUAAAGCAGGAACUUGAACCUCCAAAGUACAAGCUCAUGACAGAAUUACAACUGGAGGAGGCUAGGAGGCAAGCUGUUGAGAAAGCCAGAGAGAUGCUGGAAAUGCCUCCUGUAUUAAGCGAGCGGGAACCAAUUCAUGAUGUAUUAGCGGAAGACAAGAUCCUGGAUGGAAUUGAGCCUUACAAAUAUGUAUUUACAGACUUAGAAUAUGAUACCCCACACCGUGAACGUUUCAUCGUAGUUCGAGAAACGAAUGGAGUCUUACGCAAGGCCACCUGGGAGGAACGGGACAGGAUGAUACAAAUCUUCUUCCCAAGAGAAGGCCGUGAAAUUAACCCUCCACCUCUAUUCAAGAAUGAAAACCUUAUGAAUGUGUUUCUUCAGGACCGACAUGAAGAGCUCCUUAAUAUCUGCCUUUUGCAAUUUGAGCCAGAUUCACCUGACUAUAUCAGGGUUCAUCAUCAUACAUACGAUGAUAUUGACAAGCAUGCAAAGUAUGACCUUCUGCGUUCAACUAGACACUUUGGAGGAAUGGUGUGGUACCUUGUAAAUGGGAAGAGGACAGAUGGGUUGUUGAUUGACAUGAUUCAAAGGGAUCUGUUGGAUGAUGCCACAAGUCUGGUCACCCUGUAUCACAUGCUCCACCCUGAUUGUCAAUCUGCAAGAGAUGCACAAGAACAAGAUCUCAAAGGGCUAGAUUUAAUUAAGGCUUUUGUGAAGACAGAAGUACAGAGAGCUGGAUAUAUUGAACUGGCACUUCAAGCUUAUGAAGAAAAUUUUCCCCAGUCUGAAGUUUCAUAAAGCAGUUCACUUGGUCCAUUUCAUUUUGUGUGAUAUAUGAAGUCUGUAAAAUUACAUAGAACUUAAAUAAAACAUUGUCACUGUAUACCGUA